AUGGUAAAUUUUUCGCUUCCGAAACUCCGAUUAGGCAAGACUAACAAAGAAGAGCAUGUGGAAGCGAAGACCGCGAAAAGCAGGAGCAAAAAGAGUAAAAGCAAGCGGAGUAUAAUGAAAUCGGUCGUGGAGAAGACCGCCGUCGACGAAGACGAUAAACUGAAAAUGGAAAAGAAGCCUCAGGCGGACACGAAUCUGAGUGUUGGCCGAGACACGCCUGCGGAUAUGAUGCCUGUAACCCAGGCUUGGAUCCAAGCCAGUAAGUUUUGGAGCGACAAGAGGCGGUUUGGGAUUCAAGAAAUCCAAGAAAAAUGCGGAAAAUCUUGAUUUUGGAUAUUAUCCUUGACAUUAGUUAUGAAGUACAGGGCUCAUGUCAUGCCUCUCCGAUGUUCUCCAAAUUUGGCACAGUUGCUCUGCAUAGGCCAAAAAAUAAUCACUAAAAUUUUUAGUUCACAGAUUUCACUCACAACGCAGAUAUUACCCGAUCUUUUUUACGAGAGAGCAUGAGAAAACGAGAGAGCGGCCAGACAAAAACCGUUUUUUGCGGAUAGCUUCGUGGCUUUUGCUCGGAAAAAACUGAUUUUUUGUGGAACUAUUAUGCACCUCACUUCUAACUGACCCUGAAAUUUUCAAGUCCAAAAUCGAAAAAAAAAAAAUAAAAAAAAAUUCGUUACAGUAACCCAAUUUUUCCCAAAAAAAAUCCAUUUUGGUCGAAGGAACCAAAAAACAAUAUUUUUCCACUGUUUCAGCUGAUCGAGUCAGGAAGAUGUUCGAGAUAAAAGCAAAAGAAAUGAAGCGUCUUCGUCUUGCCAACCGCAUUCUUAUGGUUGUUACUGUUUUUAUCAGCCUUGCAACGCUCUGUUUCGCUUGUUACGAGAUCUACGCCGCAUCACAAGCCCAAAAUCGAAUAACGGAUGCUGCGAAUGCUUGCAGGCUGGGUCCGGGGGCGAGCAGUUGCGCUUAUUGCGUUCGGAAGGAGAAAUGGUACCAAUUUGGGCAUAAAAUGGUAGGUCAGAAAUUUUAUUUUGUUAAUUGUGGGCAAUUCUUUGCCUGGGAAAAAAUCUAAAAAGUUUUCUACAAAAAUAUGUAAAAAUUACCUGCCCAAUUUUGGUUUUUAGGGGUGAAAAAUCAAUCGGAAUUCACUUAAAGUCCUAUAUAAACCCUUGUCAAAAAAUCGCUGUAACUUCCCUAACUUAUGCAUUUUCAGAGAUGUCGAGAUCGAGUUGUAUCUUGCACCCCGCCAGCCGGACUUGACUGCAGUUUCGGCGAUCACAAGAUCUCUUGUUUUGUGGAUGAGGACCUAAAAGAGAGGACACUUUCAAAUUGA